AUAUAACGGUCCGAAAUCUGUCGACUGAAGGCAGAACUACCAUCACUCCGGAUUCAUCGCCUGCAAGUGCUGUCAAAAAAUCAACUCCUGGUGAUUUCGCUCUUGCCCAACCCGCCAAUACUGCUGAAUACGUGUUGUCAACUGUUGAUAAAGUAGUGAAUUAUGCUCGCCAAGGCUCUAUUUGGCCAAUGACUUUCGGUUUAGCCUGUUGUGCCGUCGAAAUGAUGCACAUGGCAGCAGCAAGAUACGAUCAGGACCGUCUUGGAAUUGUUUUCCGAGCUUCUCCACGUCAAUCGGACGUCAUGAUAGUCGCUGGCACUUUAACUAAUAAGAUGGCUCCCGCAUUGAGGAAGAUGCCCGAACCUCGUUGGGUUAUUUCUAUGGGUUCAUGUGCGAAUGGUGGUGGAUAUUACCAUUAUUCUUAUAGCGUUGUUAGAGGUUGCGACAGAAUUGUACCUGUUGAUAUUUACGUUCCAGGAUGUCCACCAACGGCAGAGGCAUUGUUAUAUGGUGUACUUCAAUUACAGAAAAAGAUGAGAAGAUCAAGGACUACUCAAUUAUGGUACAGAAAGUAA